AAGGUUGAAGAUGUGAGAAACUGAAACCAGCUACAUUUUCAUGAUUUAAAAGAACCCCAAUGCAGACCUGACUCUCUCUGAGAUAGCUGUCCACAUUAUGAGUGAUGGAAGAAAUCUAUGUCAACGUUGAACGCAUCAAAUCUGUCAACCCAAGACCAUCCACAAAUCAGACAGGUCCCAGCAGCUCUGAGAGGACCUUUCAUGGAGUUGUUAUUCUCUCACUGGGCCUGCUGAGUGUUUCCCUGAUGGCUGGGCUCAUUGGUCUUGGUGUCCACCACUAUAAUUCUGUACAGCAUUCAGCUGCAGAACUCUCUACUGUCAAAGCCAACCUGACUGAGCAUCUUCAGGCCACUGAUGACAAGCUCUCCCCCCUGACUGAAGAGAGAGACCAGCUAAAUGCCAGCCUGAUCAAAAUGGCCGAGGUGUUGGACAGGCUUCAGCGUUUCUCCAAACAGAAGAAAAUGUGUCCUGCAGGAUGGGUGAAUUUCAAUAAUACCUGUUAUCUGCUCUCCACUGAGUCUGAUUCUUGGGAUAAAGGCAGACAAGACUGCAGAGACAGAGGAGCAGAUCUGGUGGUCAUAGACAGUUAUAAAGAAGAGGAAUUUCUCUGUAAAUUCAUCAUCAAGCAGGACACUUGGAUUGGUUUGAAUGACAGAGACAAUGAGGGCAACUGGAAAUGGAUUGAUGGAGCUCCUCUUAUUCUGGCGUACUGGAUGAGGGGGCAGCCAGAUAGUGGUAAUGGAAAUCCACAGUGGGGUGAAGAGGACUGUGCACAUCUGCAGGCUCACAUGAAAACUGACCAAAACUGGAAUGAUGUGCGUUGUGAUGCCUCUAAGCAGUGGAUCUGUGAAAAAGUGCCUUAGCGUUGAAUGAGUUUUUAAAUGAUAUUUUUGUUAAUAGAGAGUGUUUACAUUCAGCAUAUUGGAUUUUCAUUAUGUAUUCACUGUUUUCCUCAUGAAUAGUGUCAGUAGUGGCAUGAUAGAUAAAUACACAGAGUACAGUAUAAGAGCCACCUGGUAUCAUAAAACAGUGAAACGUCUGUUUAAACAUGGCUGUGGAUCAUUCAGUCUCACUCUCACUUCUUGAUGCUGUGUCUUGCUUUGGACGAUUUAAAGGGAAGAGAUAUGUUUUAUAUUUUCUCCACCAUUAGUUGACUUUCACCAGCUACGUUUAGCAGCUUCUCUAAACUGUCAGCCGAGAUGAAAGCACACACCAUAUAUAUACUGAUCUUUCUGAUUGACCAUAUUUUUAAUAUGUAGUGUUAGCUUUUACAGAGGCGAACACCGACCUUCAGCAUGUUUAUUUAAGUAUCUAAUAGGGACCUUUUGUGGCCAAGUGGAUUAUGUCUGUCAGAAGAAAAGGCAUUGUCAUGCCACAGGUGCUCUUGAGGGGAAGAUCAGGGUGGAUAGACAAAGUCCACAUCCAUCACAGCCUCCACCUCUGACUGUGUUAUAACUGAUGUGUUAUGUGUGUAACUUUGAAUGGCCAAAGCCAAGGAUAGUGAAGAACAUGAGGUGAUUAUACAUUUCAUAAAACACUGCUAAACGUAUGUAAGCCUGUGUGGAUCCAUGUUUUUAUGAUGCUGAGUGAUCAAGUCAGGGAAUAAAAGGGUUAACAGUUUGAGGAAUUAAGCCAAUAAACAUGGUCAUGACGGUAUCCUAAAUAUGGUCAGAGAGGGCUAGGCCUGACUCAGGUAACACAGACGUUUUUUUUUUUCAAGAAUAAAGAGGAGCAUUUGAUGAAAAAUGACAGUCUCAGAGGGAGAAGUCAGUCUGUCGUUGUCGUUUUUGUGCAUUCUGAAGCCUGUGUCAGUCUGCUUUGCCUUCUUUUGCCUGCUCAAGUUUAUUGUUGUUAUCAC